AUGGCAGACCAUAACGACGGAUAUCGUGAUACUUCGAACUCUACAACAAUUAACCUUAGAGAUUCAAUAGAAUCUUAUCAUGAUAACCCUAGUAUAACUUCGAUCGCAACAAACACACCACUAUUGUACACAUCCUUUGACGAGGCCAACGGCAUAUGUGGACAUAAUAACGACGAAGAUAAUGAUUGUCGUAUGGAAAAAUCGUCUAGUCAACCUAAAAAGAAGUUAUGGAUCGCCAUAGGAAUAUCUCUUACAUUCUUUGCCAUCGAACUUGUUGGUGGUUUUAUUGCCGAGAGUUUAGCAUUAUUGAGUGAUUCUUUUCAUUUACUGAGUGACGUAGUAAGCUUUGGUAUUUCGCUUUUAUCUAUAUAUCUUGCAUCGCGUCCUGCUACUAGAGCGCUCUCAUAUGGUUACCAUCGUGCUGAAAUUUUGGGUGCUCUUGUUUCAAUUUUUCUUAUAUGGCUUCUCACAUUGUAUUUAUGCGUUGAAGCCUAUGAUCGUCUAAAAAAUCCAGUGCAAGUGGAUGGAAAAACAAUGUGUGUUGUUGCAGCUAUUGAAGAAAAUGUCAAUAUUCGUGCUGCGUUGCUUCAUGUUUUGGGCGAUCUUCUUUCUUCAUUAGGAGUUCUGAUUUCGGCUAUAGUAAUUAUGUUUGAUCAGUCCAAAGUAUGGGUUGAUCCAAUUUGCACAUUUAUCUUUUCGGCACUUGUAAUGUUAACAACGUAUGGUGUCUUUCGGAGUAGCAUAAGAGUUUUGAUGGAAGCAACACCAUCGCAUAUUGAUUCAGCUGCCGUAAGGAGAGAUUUAGAAGCAAUUGAAGGUGUAGAGAGUGUACAUGAUUUGCAUAUCUGGGAUUUAACAGUUGGCCGGACAACACUCACGGCUCAUAUUCGACUUUGUAAAUACAAUCCGGAUGUUCAAGCUGAGCCUAUUGUCCCUAACGAUAUAUUACGACAGGCUCGGCACGUGUUAAAGCAGAAUUACGAAAUAUCGCAUGUGACGAUUCAAAUUGAGUAA